GGGGGAAAUGUUUGUUUUGAUUGAAAUUCAUUGAAUUGAUAGGUUGCAAACUGGUUUAUGUUUAUCUUUCAAUCGUUUGGUUCAUGAAUUGCUUCUUGAAAACUGCAUGGAUCAGUUUGUAGAUUUCUUUCGUUGUACACAUAUUUAUCUCAGAUUUUACCUAGUUUUUUAUAUGACCAAGGCUCGAAAUAUAGGUUACCACGGAAAAAUGUUUGAGGAAUUGGGAUUCUCUCUUUGUAAUAUAUACCGAAUUUCACAUAAUUGCACUAACUAAACACUAACCGAAUUUCAUAGUUAUGCCAUGUUCUAGUUGAAGUACCAAAUUCUGUAUAUCAUAGUGAAACCGUAACAACCGUGGAUGUAAUUCUAUUAUGAGGUGAACCAUGUAUAUCUUUGUGUUUUUGUUGAUUCUUGUUUGUGUUUCAUGUCUCAUCGAUCCUGAUCCUGAUCCUGAUCCUGAUUAGGUGUGUCAAUUCCAAACAAUGACAACAAACACAAUUGUAGCCCCAUUGAGUCUUUCUUAUGAAAUACAAGGGUUCAACAGUUGGGCAACUUUUUCUUGGUUGAACUUUGAAACAAUGUACCCCGGUGGCUAUACUGCAGAAGUAACGUGUCUAUCUCCUAGAGCAACGGAGAAGGAUGUUUAUGAUUUUUUUGCUCACUGUGGUGUAGUUGAACAUGUGGAAAUCAUCAGAUCUGGCGAGUAUUCUUGCACUGCCUAUGUGACAUUUAAAGAUGCCUAUGCUCUGGAAACUGCUGUCUUGCUCAGUGGAGCUAAAAUUGCAGAUCAACAUGUAUGCAUAUCAUGCUGGGGGACAUAUAUUGAUGAAUCAGAUCCUUGGAAUAACCCGUCAUGGAAGCUUGGAGAUGAAAAUAGCUCAAUGUUUGCUUCCACUCCUGCGGAAGCCAUAACUGUGGCACAAGAAGUAGUCAAGACCAUGGUAGCAAAGGGAUAUGUAUUGGGAAAAGAUGCAUUAACCAAAGCCAAAGCUUUGGAUGAGUCCUAUCAAGUCUCAUCUACUGCAGCCUCCAAAGUUGUGGAGCUUAGCAACAGAAUCGGGCUCACUGAAAAGAUUUAUUCAGGCAUGGAGGCUGUUAAAUCCAUGGAUGGAAAAUACCACGUUUCAGAGACCACCAUGACAGCUGCGUCAUAUACAGGGAGAACAGCAGUAGCAGCUGCAAAUGCUGUAGUCAACAGCAGUUACUUUGCCAAGGGAGCUCUUUGGGUUUCAGAUGUUCUCACUCGUGCAGCCAGUGUUGCAGCUGAUUUGGGUAGUCACGGUGUUAAAAAGUGAACUUUUUUGGUCAAGAAAACCCGUUUUCCGGUAAUGAUUCUUGACUUCUUUAAAUUGUUCAUGUUAGAUAGAUUUACAUAUAAAUCAGGAGAGUUUUGUUGUACAUCAACAAAGUAUUUUGUUUGAUAAUGAGUUACUAAUUGUGCUUAAUGUGAUAUGAUCAUUUGGGUUCA